AUGGAAGGGCAUUCAUAUGCAGGGAGAUUAACUGUGGAAGAGAAUUUACUAGUGGUUGACAUGUCUAAGAGUUUGGCUAGGCCAAAGGAUAUAUUAUAUACUCUUAAACGUAAAGAUGGGUUGAAUGUGACCACAAUGAAGACAAUCUACAAUGCUAGACAAAAAAGCAGGGUGAUUGAGAAAGCAGGUACGUCAGAGAUGCAGGUAUUGCUACGAAAUUUGUUUGCCCAUGAGUAUGUAGAGUGGCAUAGAAGCUAUGGUACUGCUAAUAUUGUAAGUGAUUUGUUUUAUGCUCACUCUACAAGUAUUAAGCUACUGCGCGCAUUUCCUCAUAUUUUGAUCAUGAAUUGCACAUACAAGACAAACAGGUUUCGCUAUCCACUUUUGGAGAUUGUGGGGAUGACGUCUACACAUCUUACAUUCUCAAUUGCAUUUGUUAAUCUUAGUGUUGAGAAAGAAGACAACUACAGAUGGGCAUUGGCUAGAUUGAGGAGUGUUAUGGAUGAUAAUUCAAUUCCUAGUGUUAUUGUCACAAAUAGAGAGUUAGCUAUCAUGAAUGCACUCCAUGAAGUCUUUCCUGGUGUUUGA